AUGCCGCUAGCGAUUGAUGCCUUGACCCUACCGGAAAAAGCAGGCGAAACCUUGGUGAAUCGCCUACGAGAAGCCACCGAUUGGGCCCAGGCCGCGAUUGCUUCCGCACAGGACUACCAAGAAGAGCAGGCAAACCGACGACGACAGGCUGCCCCUGUCUACAAGAAGGAUGACUGGGUCUGGCUGAACCUUCGAAACGUACGCACGCAGCGACCGUCAAAGAAGUUAGAUUGGCUACAUGCUCGGUACCGAGUAUUAGACGUUCUAUCACCGUUCACCGUCCGACUCGAUGUUCCCACCGGCAUACAUCCAGUGUUUCACAUCGAACUAGUCCGCCCGGCAGCGACAGACCCCUUCCCAUCCCAGAUAAUAGACGACACGCAGCCGCUACCACCACUGAUCGACGGAGAGGAAGAAUACGAAGUCGAACGGAUCCUCGCCGUACGACGUAGGAAGAUUGGGCGAGAAUAUCGCGACGAAGCGCUAGUAAAAUGGACAGGAUGGGUAGAACCGACGUGGCAAAGAUUGGACUUAGUCCAGAACUGUGCUGCGCUAGACGCCUUUGAAGAACAGCACGGUCCCGUUUCGGACGUGAUUCACCAUCAAAUCGAUGCUGGAAACCACGAACAAGGUUAG